AUCGACGGUGCUGUGUGGCGCCGACUGUAACGUUGUUUGCAGUUGUGGACCCCAUUUUAUUUCGCCAGUUAAGGUUCACAAAGGCAACACGAGGUCCGAAGUUCUUGUGGCGUGUUGUUAAGGGUUACUUUAGCUGUGGUAUAAGUAUAAAUCCUGGGCUUGUCCUCUUCUGCGGAGAAACUCUCGUCGUCUUCUAUAUCCUUGGAAAAGUUUUGUUCUGCUCUUUCUAGUUAGCCAGUUACUCUCUACUCUGAGGACACGAAAUUUGUUGGGGCUCUUCUCUGACUUUGACCUGGAACUGGAUUCUGCUGGUUACUUACUUACUAGUACUUCAAAAAACCCGCAUUCCGACCUCCGUGGGCCGUAGUAACAAUGGACGACUUCGACGAAGAUGAUACGAUUCCACGCUCGCCCGAUGUGAGCACUAGGGACGACAAAGAAAUGACAGCGGGAGAUGCGCUGGAGAGCUUGGACAGGGAGUGGUACCGCGAGGUGGCGAAGCGGGCGAGAUGGAUGGAUCUGGUGGGUGAUUAUGCGGGGAGCGAGAGGUUCAUUUUGGAUGGAGAUUCGCUUUUUCAGCAGGUGCUCGAUGAUGAGCUGCUCAGACUUGGACGCCCGGGAGACCCUUCUUUCCAGAUUUUGCACGCGGUGUAUAGUAUGGAGCGGUUCUUGGACGAGAUGAUGAAGCGGAGUGCGGUCUUUGAUGUCGUAUUUUGGCACGACCUUCGACACGGAACCCUAAAGACAGGCAGUCCAGAAUUUGUCUCUACGUCCAGAGCGCUGGCUCGUCAGCUCCUCUUCGCACACCUCGUACAGCACGCAGAAAAGACGGGGUUGAAUGUCUUCGCCUUCAGAGGCCUCGAGGACCCAGAAUGGGACAAGUAUCGAAGGAAGACGAGGCCAAUGUUCGUCAUGAUCAACGAUGGCGGAGGACUGAAUGAAAAUGCGAGCGAACUGGAGGUCGGGCGAGUUCUGACUCAGAGAACACAUAUCUUUGAGUUUUUGUCCCACGGAACUGCCGUGAGCCUGCUACGAGGCAGUGAGUGUCGAGACUCGAAAAUAUUCUCGUUCGUUUUCGAACAGCAUUUCGACUUGGCCGCGAAGCAGAAGAUUCCUAGGAGCGACAUGAUAUGGGAAGCCGCGUCUAGAGCGCACGAAGCACUCGAGGUAGCUGACACAUCACGCUACGAGGAAUUGGAAGUCUUGCCCUUACGAGCCAACAUGCCUCAGAGCCAGAGCUUGGACGACAUCCUCCUGGAAGUCGUGAAACUCAGCGAUGCCCGUAACGCUACUGCGCCCCAGACCUUCAUCGAGCUUCUAUACCUCUUCAUAAUCCAUUGCCUAAUCCUACCGACCUUAUCUGUCAGUGAACGAGCCCGAGAUCUAGAUGCCCUUGAUCCUCGCCUGUUGGAAAUGCUAUGUCAAACGUUCCUUCCAUCCGUGUUCCUUUCGCUCGAAACGGCAGUCUCAGCUCACCAGGCAUUUGUGGACUGUGACGGAAGGCUCUUUGCCUCCCUUCUCCGGUAUGUUCUCAGCGAACCCGACAGACCCGUAGAUCAACUCGUAGGGCAUGCCGUUCAUGUGCGGGCCUCCGAGAUCUGGAACUCGACAGGAUUAGGCCAGCCGCCCAUUGGUCUCGCCACACUCAGACGCGAGUACAGCGUCGACGAUGAUCUCUUCUCCCCUCCAGGGCAUGAAAUGUCGUCUCCGAGGCCAGACUUCAAGCUCCUCGCUUUCUCUAACCCCGUCUUCGAUGAAGAACUCUCCGCCGUGCAUAUUCAUGUCGAUGCCGUCCCUGUCGCCGCGCAGACUACCUCGCCUACCUCGCCUACCUCGCCUUCCUCUCAGCCCGUCGCCGCCUCCUCCACUUCCACUGCCGACUCCGACUGGGACUCCGAACCUGAGCCAGAGCCAGUCAUUGCGGUAUCGGAGUCCAUACCAGUAACGGGCCCAGAGGGAGAUCAUCCCGAGUUUACGUUCGGCACGGCCUUCGCCGAUACGCGCCAUUGGCACGCAAACAAACGAGCUAUCCUUCCAAAACAUCUCGGCGGAGAAACUAGUCACGAGCUCCGGGACGCAGAUAUCAAAGCCAGGAUGCGGAGGUUGAGGAGCGAGCAGCGCUUCAUGGCGGCUUUGCAGCGGUUAGCGGCAACAUUGACGGGAGCUUCGGGGACGCUGCUGGAGCAGAUUGUUAUCACGAGUGCGGAGGGGAGCGGCCGAAAGACGAAAGCGGUGAAGGAGAAAGAGGAUAAGGCGAAAGAUAGAAAACUGAUCGUCCAGGAGAAGAGCGUCCGCAAGCCGAACGCGUCUUCCAAAAAGAAGUCUACCGAAUCCUCCGCCGACAAGAUCCGUCGUCAGCACGCGGAAGCCAAAAAUAAUAAACAGAAGUCAGCUUCCGAACUCUGGUGGACAGAGCAGUUGAGCACCAUGGCCAGCCUCACCUCCGAGGGCAAGAUGCUUCAUUUGAAGGGGAUCAGUCGGAACGAGAAACUUCUGCAGGACUGGCUUGCCGUCGAGUUUAGACUCUUCCGACUCGAUCUUGAGCUCAGACGCUGGAUCGAUGAAGCGAGCACGCUGUCGGAUCCGGUGGAGGUCGCGAAGAUUAGGGACCGAUACACGGUGUCCAUCAUGAAGGUGGUUAAGGAGCUGUACGAGAGACGGGGUUUGACGCCGACUGCCCUCAAGACGCUUAGGUCCAUCUUGCUGGCGCUUGGAUUUGGCGAUUACGCUGAAGAUCUGGAGAAAGCUGCCAAAAGCCAAGCCGAGGAUACGGAUCGUCCGCUGAGCUUCAGCUUUCUCAAGCUUUGGAGCGCGUCGAAGAAAGCGCCGGUACACAAAUUUAUGAGGAUUGAAGAGCAUCCGACCAGGUGGCAGCUUCGGUUGUUUGGGCAGUUCAUGGAUAGGAGUAUGGAUAGUAAGCCCGAUGCGAGAGUGUCGUUUGAUCCGGACGCGUGGCAGAGGGAGGUGUUGGACUGUCUGGAUGAGGAUGCCUCUAUACUUGUUGUCGCCCCGACAAGUGCAGGGAAGACGUUCAUAUCUUUUUAUGCCAUGGAGAAGGUGCUACGAGAGUCGGAUGACGGGAUUCUCAUUUAUGUGGCGCCGACGAAGGCUCUUGUCAAUCAGGUCGCCGCUGAGGUUUAUGCACGAUUUUCGAAGGACGUGAAUGGCCGCGCGUUUUGGUCCAUCCAUACUCGAGAUUACCGCGUACAUGACUCGCAGAAAUGCCAGAUCAUGGUCACGGUACCGGAGAUCUUGACUGUCAUGUUGCUGUCUCCUCCUCUGGCCAGGACUUGGACUCCCCGUAUAAAACGGAUCAUCCUGGACGAGAUCCAUACUAUUGGGCAACAAGAAGGUGGCGCGGUCUGGGAGCAAAUCAUUCUCCUUGCACCUUGCCCAAUCAUUGGUCUUUCAGCCACGGUUGGUGAACCCGAACUGUUCAACACUUGGCUUAGUCACGUCCAGAAAACCAAAGGAUUCAACCAUCGCUUCAUUCAUCAUCCUCACCGAUACUCCCACCUUCGGAAAUUCGCGUACUUCCCCCAACUACAACGGCCCUCCAAGUUUACCGGUCUUGACCGUUACCAGCCAAGCAAUGGUUUGAAGUUCAUUCAUCCCAUCUCUGCAUUGGGUUUCGGGGUAUCUAUGCCUCCGGACUUCUCGUUGGAGGCUGCAGAUCUUCUAGAGUUUCGCGAUGUCAUAGCGGGGCUUGAUGCCGGUCUUGCUGUGGGAAUAGACCCCGAGCGUUUUUUCCAUGGCCAUUCGACAUUCUUGACACAGAAGGACAUCUUGCGAUAUGAGGUCGUGGCAAAGGAGGCCUUGAAUACACUGAUUACCACGUCGGACCCUCUCAAUAACUCCUCGCCACUGAGGAAAGUCAUUCACAGGGUCCAAGACCCGGUGGUCGCGCGGACAAGCGGACAUGUUCUCAAUACGCCGCCAUCCCCAAAGAUGUUCUUGGACGGGUUGGUACCCUUGUUAGCCGAUCUUGAUGCCAGCAACGACCUCCCCGCUUUACUCUUCAACUUCGAUCGCAAGAAUUGUGAACGUAUGGCGGAAUAUAUCUUGGAGACCCUGCAGGACACAGAGGAAGAGUGGCGAGCGAAUAGUGUAGAGUGGAAGCGGAAGCUCGAACGGUGGGAAGAUUGGAAAUCUAGGGAGAAGGAGCGCGCCCGGGCUCUCGAAAGGAUCAAGAAACAGGACAAGGAGGAGCCGCAGAGAAUAGACGAUCGUUCUUGGGAAAGCACAUUUGAUCCUGACGACCCUUCGCCGCAGUUUUCCUUUUCAGCGCCAGCUGCAUACCAAAAGACAGACCUAGAGGAAGACAUGCGGCAGUUGGAGUGGAGGUCGUCAGUGCCGCAGUGGGUAUUGAAAGCGCUUUGGAGGGGGGUUGGAAUACAUCAUUCCGGCAUGAACAAGGUCUACCGGAGUCUGGUCGAGCGACUUUUCCGCAUAGGUUUUCUUCGAGUGGUAAUCUGCACUGGCACACUGUCACUAGGUAUAAAUGCUCCGACGAAGACAUCUGUGUUCUGCGGGGAUUCCCCUUUCCUGACUGCUCUGAUGUAUCGUCAAUGCGCUGGCCGAGCUGGCCGCCGUGGAUAUGACCUGUUGGGUCGAGUCAUAUUCUAUGGGAUGCCUCUGGACCGAAUACACCGUCUGAUUCUCUCCAAGCUCCCUCGCCUCAUGGGAAGCUUCCCUCUUUCUUCAACUCUGUCUCUUCGCCUUUUCAACCUUCUCCACGGAUCCGCAUAUGCAAAAUACGCAACCGACGCCAUACAGAGCAUUCUGCGUCUUCCACAAAUCAGCUUUGGCUCCGAGAUCGGCAAGGAACAGGUUCUGCAUCACCUCCGAUUUAGUAUCGAUUUCCUGCGCCACGCGCAUCUCCUGGACCACAACGGACAUCCUAUCAACCUUUUUGGUAUCGCAUCGCACCUUUACUAUCAAGAACCGAGCAAUCUCGCCCUGGUGACAUUGCUGCAGAGCGGCGUAGUACAUGAAAUCUGUGGGCAGAAGAGCUUCAAACGGGCACAACAGGACUUCAUGCUGCUUGCCUGCCACCUUUUCGGAAGACGUUAUCUUCCGGAUUCGUACACGACUGCUCGAGGAGUCCAGGAUCUCGUGCGAAAAGGGCCCUCCAUCGUCGUUCUUCCUCCCCUGGAUUCACGCUCCCGUGAAGUGUUGACGCGGCAGCAGCAACAGAUCCUUCGCAUUUUCACGGCUUACGCAGUAACAUUCGCUACGCAACACUCUGAGCGCCUCUCCACGGAAACGAGGCUUCCUCUCAGCAAGGCAGAUAUUUCGGGAGAUGAUGCUCGAGAUGAUACGCCCUUUGUGGAACACCUGGAACGAACCUGUCUUCGAGCCCAAGCAAGGUCAUCAUUCGUGGCGAACUCGGGCCACACCGACUCCUUCAGGAGUAUAUCGGAGCUUGCGAACACGGUACGGCAAGGAAUACAUAUCAACGAGCACGCCAUCCCAUCGUUCGAAAAGAUCAUCGCAAUCUCUGGACAGUCGGGUCAAUUGUUCGCGUUGAAUGCGCAUAUCUAUGAUUUCUACAAACACGGCCAAGUCGCCGCGCUAGCUAGAAUGAAUGGCAUCCGCCGUGGAGAUAUCUGGUACCUUUUGCAAGACUUCUCGCUGACAUUGGCCACCAUCCGAGGCGACCUCGAGAAUCUUCUUACUGCAGCAGGCAAGGCAUACAAGCCUCAGGAGAUGUCCGAGGACGCGUCGGAUGUAGUGGGCGGUUCGGAUAGCGGGUACCAGACACUUGAUCCUGCGGAAGCCGAUGAUGUGGAGGAUCUUAACGAUGGCGAUUCAUCUGCGUUCAAGAGACCGCCCGGGGUUUCGGAAAGGGAUUGGCGGGUGUAUGAAGUGGUCAAUGCGGUGGUAGUCGACUUUUCGGCGAAGUUCAAGGCGAUGUGGUCUUAGCGUUGUCAGAUAGCGUGGUUGAAGCAAGAUAUGCAUUGAUCGUUACACAAUAUAGGCUUCGUUACUUUAGAUGACUGUGUAGGCGCGCUGAUACAAGAGGAUCCUGAUUAUCGCGACUUCUCCCUUUUCAGAACUGCGCAGGGUACCCCUAUGAAAGUUGUCUCAGCGGCCGACGCAUUGACAGGAGACUCAUACGACGUACCUAACUUAGGUAGACUCUAACUCCCGAACUCGGCGGCGAAGGGCGUCAAGCUCCUCAUUCGCGCUACGCCAGGCCAGUGUAGACUCCUUUUCUCGUUCUUUAUCCUCCCACUUUCGUUCGAACAGGGAUCGCAAAAAGACCCAAAUAUACUGCCAGCCUCGGAUGCGAUCACCGGGAACGACGUGUACGUGGCCUGAGAAAUCUCCGAUGACAGACUCUUCGUCUGUUAGCGGCCCCUGCCACUUGAGGCACUUGGGGUCGUGAAUAUGCUCGACGAGGAAUUGGGCAAUACGAAGGGAGCGUAAGUGAAGGUUGGGAAGAUCGUGGCACGGGGAAGAACCGACGAAUAGCGUGGCAAAAGGCAGUGAAGGAGGGGUCAUCUCAGGCCUUAAUAAAGGGUCCGCGUUUAUGUCGAGAUAGAGGCCAAGAUGACGCAAGUUUGAACAGCUUCGGAAAUGGGU